AGACACAUGAAAGAGUGAAGACGACGAGGGGAGUGAGUAGCCACGAGUUCUCAUAUUCCGUUCCCGUGACACUGAAGGCACUAAAAAGAAAAGAAAAAAAAAAGUGAAAAACAUAACUUACACCGCUCUCAAUUAAUUUCCUUGGUUCGGAGAAUCCAACGUUGGUGUUCGUCUCUCAUCCCGAAGAUGGAGGAAAGGAAGCAAUCGCGUUACGUGAAGCUCACUAAAGAUCAGGCUCCUUUGGAAGAUAUCACACCUGGUGAACUGAAUCAGCCAAUUGAGGUUCCUCAGUUGGCUGUUCACAAGUGCUUGGAAUGUGGCCAGCCAUUACCUGAAAGCUAUACACCUCCUUCUGAUGAACCUUGGAUGACUGGGAUCUGUGGAUGUGCUGAAGAUAGGGACAAUUGUUUGACAGGACUGUUUUGUCCUUGUGUAUUAUUUGGGCGUAAUGUAGAAAGCUUGCAUGAAGAGACUCCUUGGACUGGACCAUGCAUUUGUCAUGCCAUUUUUGUUGAGGGUGGCAUUGCUCUGGCAACCGCAACUGCAAUCUUUAAUGGUGUCAUUGACCCAGGGACAUCUUUUCUCAUUUUUGAGGGCUUAUUUUUUACUUGGUGGAUGUGUGGCAUUUACACUGGUCAGGUUCGGCAAAACUUACAGAAGAAGUAUCACUUAAAGAACUCGCCUUGUGAUCCAUGUUGUGUACACUGCUGCAUGCACUGGUGUGCCUUGUGUCAAGAGCACAGGGAGAUGAAGGGAAGGCUCUCUGACAAUGUUUUCUCAGAGACAACCAUUGUAGAUGCUCCUCCCGUUCAAGAGAUGCAGUCUAGUGAUGAAAAGGAACAUCCUGAAACCUCUUCUGCUAAUGACACUGAGCAUACUGGUUUGGAAUUGCAGCCUGUAUAGGGUAUUACCAUUGUUAAUCGAAAAGAAUGACAUGUAUUCGGAAAUUUUGCUUCAUAGAGAAUAACUUUCUUCGACCUAUUACGUUGAGUCCCCUGCGUUUCAUUGCACAUGUAGAUCAUACAUAGACAACACUUAUGUUUUCAAGUGCCAACUUACAUUGGAUUCA